AUGGCGAGGCGGCGCUUCGGGCGGCGACGGAGCGGAACGUGCGCGCCGAGGCGAGGCGAGGCGACGCGCGCGUUGGCCCUCGCCAUUGUCCUCGCGAUGCUCGGAGGACCCGAGACGCGGACGAUGGACGAGGCUGAGAGGGACGGCGCCCGAGCGAUCGGCGCGGGGACGACGCGGUCGCCGGUUGGGCUGGAUUGGGGUUUUGGACGCGGCGCGACCGCGCAGUUCAUCCCCUACCCUCCCCCCUCGCCGGUGGCGUCGCCCCCGCCCGAUGCGCCCCCCCCGCCCCCGUCUCCCCACCCUCCUCCGCCUCCGCCGUCGCCGCCCCCGCCCCCCCCCACGCCCACGCCCACGCGCCACGGCGAGAUGCUCACCGCGAACACCGACUAUCUCACCGCGGACAAGUGCGCCCUCGCGAACGGAUCCAACGUCGUCACCGUCACGGCGAAGGACGCCCCGGCGGGUAACCUCACCUGCCGUUUCGUCGACUUUGAGAUCGGGCACCUCCUCCUCUCCGCCGACGAGCUCGUCAUCUCCACCAAGGCCACCUACGACGCCGCGAACGCCGCCGCGGAGCAGCAGCUCGUGGACGUCGGCUUCGUACCCGACGAGGCGUACAAAAACAACCUCUCCGCGUUCAACGCGUGGACCUGGGCGACGGGAAACAGGACGGCGGCGUACGCGAAUUCUCUCUCCGCCACCGCCUUCGCCGAGCCGGUCAACGCCACGAUCCUCAGCCGCGUCGUCCAACCUGAAGGCCACGAGCUGGUCACCGCGACGUGCGUUGUUCCCGCGGGGGUCGGGAAGGUUCUCACGGUGGGUCUCGUCAACGACGGCGGCGCGGAGGGCUUCGAGUCUCUCGGGAAUCACUUCCCGCUCACCGAGUCCAACGUCACGCAGCUCUCCGGGAACGUCCGGGUGCGUCGCAUGGAACUCACGAACGUCUCCCCGGUGUCCGGCCCCACCACCGGAAACACCCUAGUCACCAUGACCGGCAAAGGCUUCCAAUCGCCGAUGACGUGCGUGUUUAGACGGGAUUCCGUGCCGACGGUGGUCGCCGCGACGGUGGUUUCCGAGGCGAUCGCGACGUGCGUGGCGCCGCACGGAUCGUCCAAGGUGGACGUCGAGCUCACCUUCACGAACGACGGGUGCUUCCUACCGUUCGAUUUCAUGUACUACAACCCGCCGGAGGUGCUGGUGGUGUCCCCGAGCACAGGCCCGCGGUUCGGAAGCGUCAACAUCACCGUCUACGCCACCAACCUGUACUUUCUCAAGACGUACCCCACGUACAUGAAACCUCGGUGCGCGCUCGGCAUGGCGGGUUCCGGCGAGACUGGCGACGCGGUGGCGGUGCUGCACGGGCACAUCUCCGCGGACGGCGCGUCGGUGGUGUGCCCGACGCCGCACACGUCGUUCGGCGGCGGCGAUCACGUCGUUAGGGUAUCGUUCAACGAUCAGCAGUACGCGCAGCCGAUGUCGUCGGCGUCUGCGGUGUCGACGUCGUUCAAAGCCGUCGGUCCGACGCUCGUCAUGUCCAAGAGCGUGUACCACGUCAGCGAAGAUAGCAAGGAGGUGAACGUGUCCGUGGAACUUGUCGGUGAGCUGAACGUGCUGAACGUGUCCGUGCUGGUCAACGUAUCGUUCGGGGGCGAUUCGGUGUUGCCCGGCGAAUCGGAGGAGGAGGGCUAUCGUCCGACGACGCACGCGGCUGCGGUGUACGGGGGCGCGCGAUGGAGCGACAGGGACUUCGCGGUGCCGGUGCGGGAGCUGCGUUGGGCGGCCGGCGAGCUCGGCGCGAGGCACGUGACGGUUCAGAUCCUGAACGAUCGGAUAUACGAAACGGCGCUGGAGGCGUUGACGCUCGGCCUGUACAACGCCACCAACGCGGACGUGCAGGGUAACAGGAGCACGACCGUGGUGACCAUCACGGACGAGGACCAGGCGCUGACGCUAAACGUUCGACCGUACACCGCCGUUUACAGGGUCCCCGGGGGUGCGCCGUACGCGUACAUACCCGUCGACGUGGUCGGCGGCGAGAACGCGUUACCCGCGACGGUGUCCUACGAGGUUAAAGGCGGGACCAUGACCAAGGACGUGAUGUACGAGUCAACCACCGGCACGCUCACGUGGGAGCCGCACGAUCGCGACACGAAGACGGUCAGGGUGACGCUCAUGUGGAACGCCAUACCGUUGCACGGGGAGCUGACGCUGGGCAUGACGCUGACGCCGGUGGCCAACGCGCGAACGCUCGAAACCGAAACCCAGGGUUUAACCCCGCCGUCGGCGACGCAGGCGCUGUGGGUCUUCGGAGUCCCGCUCGGCGCGUGCCCGCCCGGCACGAGACGCACGACGAGCGAGGGAUGGAUCGCCAACGACCCGCCGCCGCCGCCGCCCUUACCAACGUCGCCGCCGCCGCCGCAGCCGCCGCCGCCGAACGCGAGGGACGACGCGGAGCUUCAAUCGCUGCAGGUGUGGGUCCAGCCGCCGAGGGUUCGCGACGAGUUUGGCGAUUUCGUCACGCCCGCGAUGGAGCGUAUGGGCUUUUCGCCCGAGUUUAGGAGCGGGCACUACGCCUACGACGUCUACCUCGCCAACGGGUACGUCGAGUUUCAGGCGCGGUUUCGGACGAGGUCCAAGGACGCGGCGGUGGUGACGGCGACCGCGACGUUCGUACCCGUGGUUAAACCGGGCAUCACGGACCACCUCAACCUCGCGGGCGCGGGGCGACGACGCCGUCUACUCGGCCGCCACCUGGACGCCACCUGGACACCACCUGGACGCCGCCUGGACGCCGGGAGCGCCUCGUCGGCCGAGUCGUGGACGCCGUGGACGCCGUGGACGCCGCUUUCGUCGUCCUCGUCCUCGUCGUUUGGUCGCCGGAUGCUGCAGAUGGGUAACGAGCAGAUCCAGGACUUCACCGGCGUCGCCGUCGGUACCACCCGCGUGGUCGUGAACGUCUCCGCCGCAACCGCCGGCGUAUACACCGCGUACGUCGUGGACGUGCACCGAGCGUCCACGGCGUCGUCUAACCAGGUGACCACGUGGAAAGUGUUCGCCGGGUCGCCGUCGAGGCAGACGAGGACGGAGGCUGCUUUCAACGCGACGUUCGCCGCGACGAGCUCAGACGUCGUCCACCGGCUCGCGACGCCGCUGCCGUACUCGAUCACCAACCUCACCGCCGCGUGCGUGUUCGCCAAGUCGAGCGACGUGCUCCUCGCGACGAUGGCGCUGAUGCCCGGCGACGGCUCGGUACCGAGCUCGGCGCCCGAGAUUGUCGAGGUGGACGCCGCCGCGGUGGGUCAGGAGACGGCGAGCGUGCUCCUGACCAAGUACCUCCCCGCCACGGAGACGCUGACGCUUCGCGUUCUCGCCAAGGACGGUUACUCGGCGCGAGAGUACAGGCUCCUGAUCGAGCGCGAGGCGCCGCCGCCCCCCUCACCGCCGCCCCCCUCGCCCCCACCGCCCCCGCCGCCCCCGCCACCGGCCCCGCCGCCGCCCAACGCCAACCCGUUGCCUCCGCCGCCGCCGCCGAGCCCGCCGCCGAGCCCGCCGCCGCCGCCGCCCGACGCUCCGCCGAUGCCGCCCCCGCCGCUGGCCCCGUACGCGACUCCGGUCGCACCCGCGGACUCCAACGAGUGCACGCACUGCCCGGCGGGGACGUUCUCGGACCUGCAGGACGUUUUGUCGUGCACGCCGUGCGCCGCGGGGUCGGUGACGGCGACGACGCGAUCGAGGUCUUGCGAACGUUGCCAACCCGGCACGUAUGCGAGGACGCAGGGCCUCACUGAAUGCGCCCCCUGCGCGUUUGGAACGUACGCCGGGGAUGUCGGGUCGGUGACGUGUAAGAUGUGCCCCGCGGUGUACGGAACCACCGCGACGGGUUCGUCCCGUUGCGACGUUCGAACGAACCUGGUGCCGACGGAGCACCCCCAGGUGUUUUACGUCUCCGUUACGUUCGGCGUCUGGUUCUCCGGGGUUUCAUCCGCGGCGUCCAACGGUGGCAUCGCCGCGGCGCUCGGCGUGGAAGGCACCGAGCACGACGCGUUCGUGCACGUGGUCAAGACGGACGCGUCCCGGGGGUUCAACGUCACGGCGCGGGAGGCGAUGCUGGCCAACGUGACCGUUCCCGGGGCGAAAAUCUUCGACGCCGGCUGGGCGAAUUACACCGGAAGCGAGGACGACGGUUCGCACAUGCCGCCGAUGCCCUCCCCGCCGCUGCCGCCGCCGCCGCCGGCCCCGCCGCCGUUACCGCCGCCGCCGCUGGCGCCGUUACCGCCGCCGCUGCCCGGGGAGGUACAAACGCCGCCGCCCGCGCCCGCGGGUACUAACGCCACGGGUAACGCCACCGACGCCGCGCCCGCAUCCGGCCGCCGGCUCCUCAGGGACGCCGCCGGCAUGGACGCCGCGGGGGGGAGAGAGAAGCGCCAACGGGAAGGAGGGGGAACGGGAACGCGUUUACAUUCGGACGGUGCGAAGGUGAGGUUGCGCGUGUUGACGGCUGCGCCGGCGGAUGCGUUUGGCGACGCGUCCGUCGGCGGACAGCUGUGUCGGGAGGACGUGCAGUGCGUAGCCGCCGCGGAGGUUCGCGUCAUCGUCCAGGCCACCCCGGUGAUGCCGGAGGGGGUCCACAUCGGGGACGAGGAGGUGGCAUCGCUCAUCGCCGACGCGAGGACCAGGACGGACGCCGCGCUCGCGAAUCUGGUCAAGUCCCCCACAAAGUUUUUCACCGACUCGCUGAACGUGCUGGGGCCCGAGGUGAACGUCAAGCUGGUGGGACCGAUUCUGCGGGAGGAGGUGGUGCCGCCGCCGGAGGAGGAGUUCAAGGAUUUCUUCGACUACGUCCCGAUCGACCCCGGGUCCUUCUUCGCGCUGUGCGCGUUCCUGAUCGCGCUCGUGGUUUUGUACCCGAGGAUUAAGAAGGAGGCUAUCCUGCAGUACAAGUCGUGGGCGCUCCGCAGGACCAUGCGGCUCGUGGCGCUGGGUAAGGCUGGGUACGGCGUCAGCGGGCCGGAGAUGCGACCGAUGACGAGGCAGUCGCUCUCGGUGCUCGCCGCGUACAAACACGACAGAAGGAAAUCGGACCUCAACAGGAUGUGGGAGAAGCGAACGGCGCCGCCCAAGACGCUCAGGUCGGCAAACAACGCGCUCGGCAAUCAGUUCGGCACCGGGCCCUAA